CCUCUGUGUAAUCGAGCCCAGAAGAGAGCAGCGAAUGGUCGGAGGCAGAGCUGCUGCUGUUUUGCUGCUGCUGCUGCUGCUGAGGAUAGAGCUCCCGUCUCAACUGCGGCGCUGGGUUGAUAUUCACAGCCACCAUUGAGAGAAGAGAGUGGAUUUUAAAACAACAGACGUCGACUUAUUUAAUCAUAAUAAUCUAAUAAUAAUAUUUUUUUCUCUUUCCAACGUUAGCUUCUAUGGGAUCCUUUUAAAUAAUAAUAAUAAUAAUAACAUUAUUAUUGUUAUUUUAUAUUUACAAAUCAAAAAGGGAAGAAAUACUUGGAUAUAUUUGCAUUUUCUUUUUUGGCUUGGAUUGCAAGAUUUUGAGAUAUUAAGAAUAUAAGAAUCUAUCAGUCGUCCAUCAAAAAGAAGCAGUUUUUGGAAGGACCAGGUGGCAACUCUUUUGUGUUUGUGAUUCCCUGCUUAUCCCAGCUGGGAAGGAAGGAAGAAGAAGGGAAGACUGUGGGAGCCUUUCCCAUCCCCAUCAGUACUUAUUUUUUGGGGGGCAUCCCUUCGUUUUGGUGUCUGGCUUUGGAAGAUGUUACUCUCCAAGUUUGGCUCCCUGGCUCACCUCUGCAGCCCAAGCAGCAUGGACCACUUGCCUGUCAAGAUCCUCCAGCCAGUGAAAGUAGAGAAGGAGCCCUUCGACAAGAUCUACCAAGUGGGCUCCGUCUUGGGCAGCGGGGGAUUUGGCACCGUCUAUGCCGGGAACAGGAUCGCAGAUGGCUUGCCGGUGGCUGUGAAGCAUGUGGUGAAGGAGAGGGUGACCGAGUGGGGUACCAUUGGUGGAGUAAUGGUGCCCUUGGAGAUAGUCCUCUUGAAGAAAGUGGGUUCGGGCUUCCGAGGGGUAAUCAAACUGCUUGACUGGUACGAGAGGCCGGACGGCUACUUGAUCAUCAUGGAGCGCCCAGAUUUGGUCAAAGACCUUUUUGACUUCAUUACCGAGAAGGGAGCCCUGGACGAGGAGACGGCACGGGGCUUUUUCCGCCAAGUGCUGGAGGCAGUGCGCCAUUGCUACAGCUGUGGCGUGGUGCAUCGAGACAUCAAGGACGAGAACCUCCUGGUUGAUCUCAGGACAGGGGAGCUGAAGCUGAUAGAUUUCGGGUCGGGCGCCAUCCUGAAGGACACAGUCUACACUGAUUUCGAUGGAACACGAGUAUACAGUCCUCCAGAAUGGAUCCGCUUCCACAGAUACCAUGGAAGAUCAGCCACUGUGUGGUCACUGGGCGUCCUCCUGUAUGACAUGGUCUGCGGAGACAUCCCUUUUGAGCAAGAUGAAGAGAUCUUGAGAGGACGGUUAUACUUCAGAAGAAGAAUUUCACCUGAAUGCCAACAGCUGAUCAAAUGGUGCCUUUCCCUGAGGCCUUCCGACAGACCAACACUUGAGCAAAUUUUCGACCACCCAUGGAUGCACAAAUCAGAAGUGGUGAAGUCAGAAGACUGUGACAUCAGGCUACGGACCAUUGACACUGACGUGUCUAGCACAAGUUCAAGCAAUGAGAGCCUGUGAAAUAUUGAGGACCUUGCAAUGGGAGGGGAGCCACAAGCAGGAGGAAAACAAAAAAGAAAGACACAAACAUAAAUAAAAGACCAGAGUGCUGCUGCUGCUGCUGCUGCUGCUGCCAAUAUGUAGGAGGGGCUAGAAAAAACGCAUUCAUUAUUCUGUAGUUUGAAUCUUUGUCUGAGGGAACUGAUUUUUUUAUUUCCCCCCUCCCCCCUUUUGCUGGUUUCUGCUUUGGAAUGAGAGAUUUCCUUUGGAAAUGUUGAUGUUUGGGAGUUUGCAGGCCAGUGCUUAGUCAAAAGACUGACCUUUUUCUUUUCUUUUUUUAAAAAAAAAAAUUAAAGAAAAGCAGUGACCUCUUUAAAUAACAUGGUAAACCUUUUUGCUCUCAUAGAGCCUGGACUAGAUUUUAUUUGCUUUUUUGAGUGCCUUUUUGAAAGCUGCUUCAGUGGGACUUUCUUUUUUGAGCUGUGUAUGUCCAAAGAAGAAUCCAGUACAUGAUAGGAUUUGGCUCCCUUUAGUCACACCAAGUGCUGGAGGGAUACAGCUCCUAUGAUGCAUUGGAAAGAACAUGUUCAGUGAUUGAAUGAAGUAGUCCCAUCCACUGGUGAUGGAAUACUUGAACACAGACAUUUCACUCCUUCCCGGUUCUCUCUCAGCUCUCCUUCUCCCCAAGACAAACCUCUGCUGCUCCACACUAUAUUUCCAAUAAGCUGCACAGGUUAUCAGCUGUUUUAUCAGGAACACUCGCUCAUAUUCCAUUUCUUCAUCUCUACCACUGGGCACAAAAAAAGGCCCUUUCUCAAUUCCCCCCCAACCUGCAAGUCUUAAAAGUAUGUAUGGGCAUGUUAAAUGCACAAUCAAUGCAAUAUUCAAGGACUUUGUGUGUGUGUUUUUCCAUACCUGUAUAAUGUGUUUAUGUAAAUUUUGGUUUUCCUCGUGUAUUAUACAAUUUUAUUUAUUGUCUGGAGUUUAGAUGACCUCUCACAGUCUCAUCUGUGGCUAUUUAUUUUAGCUAAUUUAUUUGUUUAGACUUUUUCAACACUGUGCUUCUCUCUUUUCUCUCUCUCUUUUUUUGUCAUGGAAUUUUUCACACUGUUUUUUAAACAUUCCUAACUAUCUCUUUCUUUUCUUCCUUCCCCCUCUCUUUUGGUUUUGUUGAAAAAGAAAAAAAAAUUAAGUCUGACCAUACCUGUUUUGGUUUUUUUGUUUUUAAAUUUUUGGUUGGAAGGUGGGAAAUUGUUGUACAAAGUCUAAUUUAAGGGAACUAGAAUGACUUUAAAAGUUAGUCAGUAUGCCUUUUUUGUCUGGUAUUUAUAUACCAGAAUUGUAAAGUACUGCUGUUUGGAAAGGUUUUAAAUUAUUGACAUUGUACAGUCUUUGUGCAUUGGCUCUGGAAGGAAGAGUGGCAGAGUCGUAAACCUUAAUUUAUUUUAAUAGCUGUGUGUUUUGUGAUCUGGUUGCAUUUAUGCAGCUUGGACUUGGAUUUUUUUUUUCCUCUUCUGUUUAACGGUGUGAAAUGUAUGGAGAUCAUAUUUUUUUAUACAGGUAUUUCAAUUAAACUUUUUUGUAGAUAAA